AUGCCUGCGUCUUCAGUUCCUUCUUCGGAUCAGGACGUUCCUUCUCUCUCUCCGCCCUCCCCGGCCGCUGCUAGCCUCGACGCUGUCCUUGCUGCGGACCCCGCCGCGCGCGCGCUCGCGUCAGGCCAGCGGCGAUGUGAGGCGCCACAGGGAGCGCCCGAAGGGACGGGAGAGACAGGUCGGAGGGACGAGGCCUUCGACGGCGGGAGGGGAGGGAGAGGGCGAGGCGAAGAGGGGAGAAUCGGCGACGAAAGGGAGGGAGUGAGUCAGCGAGCUGGCGAGGACUCAGCAGUGGAGUCUCGCGGCGUCAGCAGCGUGCGCACUCGUCGCUCGGAUCCAACACAGACAGGAGCAGAUGCGCAACGCACAUGCCACGAGUCAGCGCGAGAGGAUACGGACGAGGCAGAAGAGCGCAUGCCUGCGUUCGCGUCCGCGCAGCGAGAAGAGCCGACUGAACAGCCUGGGAGACCUGGAGGGGACGACGCUUCGGCACAAGCGAGCAAAGAGACUGUGACAGACCUGAGGGAAGCACACGGACGAGAGAAGGAGAUGGAGAGCGAGACUGACACGCGCGGACUGAAGCAGCGUGAGUCCUCGUGCACUUUGUCGCGUCUCCCAACUUCGAGCACAGGUAUCCCAGCACACGACUGGACCUCGAGCUUGGCGUCUUUGUCUUCGUCUGGGCGUUCUGCAGCAUCGCCGGCCUCGUGCGGCUCCAUCGACUUCGCCUAUGGAUUACACCUCGAGGAGGGAGACUCGGAGAUGCUCACCCUGGCGGGUGUCUCUCAAAGCAAAGGGUAUAUGCCGUCGCGCGCACAUCCGGUUCCGCGGCCUUUGUCCACGAAGAAGACGCGAGGCGUUGCGGAAGCGGGAGCAGAUCGAGGCCGUGACGAGGUCGCGAGGACCGAGCAGGAGGGGCCCAAGUCAGCGGAGAGUCACGAGUCACCUGUCGCUCUUUCGGCUCCUCAGAGGGCGAGCUGUGGGUUGGGAGCGGCCGUGGCGUCAGACGAAGGGAAUGAGGAGGGAAGCGAAGACGCAGUAGCAGGCGGCAAGAUGGAAACCGAUCCUGCGCGAGAGGGGUUUCGUCUCUCUUCUGCGUUGCUCAAACCGAGCUGCGAGGGAGACGCAGGUACGACAGAACAGGAAGACGGUGCGAUGAACACGGGAGAGAAGAAAGGUCGUGGUUCACCAGUGCAGGGCGCUUCCGGCAGAGACCACAAAGGCUUUCGCGGGCUUCUUCCCGACAAGUCUGGGCCAGGGGCGGAGAGAAGGGAAGAGACCGGCGACUCGAAAGCCUCGUUUCCGGCCUGUGAAGGGACAGACGGCAACGAGACUUCUGACGGAUGCUCCCCUGGCGACUCUUCCGCGCUUCCCUCUGAGUUGACGCCUGCUUCUCCAGCGCCUGCCUCUCCAGCGCCUGCCUCAUCCGGUCCACAGCCUGUCGCUCUUCUUUCGUCGACGCUCACAGGUCCCUCUUCUAAGUCGCCUCGUGUCGUGUGUUCGCCUGGACAGGCGUCUCUUUCCGCGUCUCUUCUUCCUGCUUCCUGUCCGCCUGCUUGUCCUCCGCCUGCUUGUCCUUCUCCGUCUCCUGCGUCGACGAGGUCCGCCUGUUUGUCCUUCGUCUCUGCAGCGGCGGCAGCUCCGCAAGAAGCGGAGGCAACGGGGCGUCUUUCGGAGACACCGAUCUCCCGCACCGCUCGCUGUGGUGACUCCUCGCCUUCCGUCUCUGCCCACGAAGCAGCACAGAAUGCAAGUCCUCUUUCUUCGGCCUGUCCACUUCCUGCGAGCUCUCCCUCACGCCUUCGAGGAUGUUCGCGCGAACCGUCGCCUCCGCGUCUGCCUCCCGGCUCUUUGCGCGGCAUGGGCCCCACCAGCUGGUCACUUCGCCACCCGCGACGCGCAGAUACACCCGAUCUGACUGCGAGCGACUCUCCGGUAGGCUCAAGAAGCGCGUCUCGGAACGCGGAUGCGGCGGCAGCGUGGAUUCGCGGCAACACGGGAGCCCGGGCGAGUGCGUUUUGCUUGCCGGAAUCUUCCAGCUUCGAAGAGCGCGAAACGGAGGAAUGCAGCCUCUCGGGCGAGGACGGUCGGCAUCGAGACGAGAAGGCAGAGACCACACCCGUCUCUUCUGCAUCGUCUCCGGGGAUUCGAGGAGCUGAAGAAGAGACAAAUGCAGAAGACCUCGGCGAGGAGGAAACGCGCAGAGGCGACGAUUCUGAGGGCGAGAAGGAAAGCGAGGAAGAGACGGCGCACGCGCACGUCGAAGGAAAAGACGCGCUGAAUGCCAAAGAGCGGGGGAAUCAAAGUCGUGAAGAAACGCCCUCGAAAGGUGAACUAGAUGGUGGCUACUCACGUGAGGGAAGUUCCUUUCCGCGCUCCGGUAGCACAGAGCCCUGCGCAGGGACAGGCGAAGGUUCCGACAGACAGCCCGGCGAAGCGCAGUCCACAGACGCAUCGUCUGGGCUUCCAGGCAAUCCAGGCUCGGGUGUCCCUCCGGCGCGCGCCGUCUUGUCUCGCGGUCCGUCGUCGCCUUCUUCGGCGAGAGAGCCUGGCCCCACCUGGCGUCGCCGACCAGCGCAGCCGCUUCUCGUGAGUCUCGAGAAGGCGGCGAGCAUGGACGGGACUGCGAGUGCUCGGACGGAGGCCGCGGAGAGACUCCGCCUGGGUCUGCCAGGUGUGGGGCGGAGACGGGUCUCCUCGCCGUCCCCCAGCAGCCGCGAGCCCGUCAGCCUUCGCCAGCAGGCUCUCGAGGCGGAACUCGUUCACCUCCUGCGUGCAGUCCGCGCGUGCGACGGACGAGAAGCCGAAAGGGUGGAGAAAGCGCGGGCGCCAGAGUCCGCCUCUCUCUCGAGAGAACAAGAACAAGAGGAAGAGAGAGAUCAAGAAGAAGAGAGAGAACAAGGAGAGGAGCCGGGAGGAGAGGAGGGGGUGAGGGAUAGAAAUGCGAGGCGAGAGGCGCGUGAGAAUGGCAAAGAGUGUGGCCAGUCGAAGGGUCAAAACGGGGAGAGCGAGGACAGCGCUCAUGGCACAGACCUUCGGAGAGACAGGGCGGCUCUCAUGGAUCGGAUCCGGUGCAUUGUGUCCGAAAUGGAGGUUGGACUGCCGAUGGAUUUGCGAGGCGCGACGUGGCAGGUUCUUCUCGGCGUCGAGGAGGACCCAGACAGGGACGCGCGACUCGCCGAAAGCAUCAAGGAGACAACUCUGGAUGAACCGAAUCAGCGGGUGAUUCGAAGCGAUGUGGAAAGAACCCGCGCGUCGCUCGCCUUUUAUCGCGACGCAGGAAGCCGCGCGUGGAUGGAAAAACUCCUCACAAGCUACUGCAAAACGUGCCACAUUAAAUACAAACAGGGUCUCAACGAGCUCCUCGCGCCUUUCCUGUACUUGAAAGAUCGCGAGGGGUUUUCGGUGGCGAGCGUGUUCAAUUGUUUCCGCGCGUUCGUGCGGCGCUUUCUGCCUGCGAUGUUCUGCGACGACGAGUUCACGAGUCUCCAGUGCGCGUUUCAUCUCUUCAAGCACCUGCUGGCCUACCACGAUCCCGCGCUCGCCGACUUCCUCGAAAGCCAUUUCGUGACCCCUGAGCUGUACGUGACGCCGUGGUUUCUGACGCUCUUUUCGUCCAAGACCAGCCUCCUGGUGUUGUUUGCUCUCUGGGACAAGUACGUCGCGGAGGGCGACCCAGACUUCUUCCCCUUCCUCGCGCUCGCGCUCCUGAUUUGCUGCCGCACAGACAUCCAGCGCACUGAGGUGUCCCAGCUGCCCGAGACGCUCUCCAAAAUCGCGAUCCACUCCGUCGAGCAACUGCGCGAGGUCUGGGCGCUCGCCAAGGAGCUGAAGGCGCAGACGCCCCUCAGUUUCUCCGUCCGCAUGUUCGCCUCGCAGCACGGCUCGCUGGUCCGUUGCCUGCAGCCGCUCCAGCAACUCGAGAUGGAGUCUGCCUUCUUCACCUUCCCCGAGGAAGUCCUGAACCACGCGUACGGCCUGACGGGACGGCCGAGUGCAGAGCCAGGCAGACUUGUCUCUCUCCCUUCCCCGCCCGCCACCGCCUCGGCCCGAAACGCGCCCCUCGCUCUGUUUCCUCCUGACGCCUCCGAGGAACCCUCUUCCGCGGCGGCGGGUGCGGUGGCUGCGCGGAAACUCGUCGCGCCACUCGUGCAGAUGGCGCCGCAGUGGAAGAUGCUUCUCCUGGAUUUGCGCCCCGCGUGGUGUUUUGAAGCCGGCAGACUACCACCCGCUAUCCACAUCGAUUUGCUCGGCGACUGGCGGGCGACGCUCUCUGCUCUGCUCGGCGUCUUCGAUCCGUCAAGUCAGCACGUCGCCUCUUCGCGCGCGUCGUCUUCGCCUUCUUCGCUCCACCUCCGCGCGGGCCUCCGUCACCUCGCCGGCGGCUUCCGCAGCACCGGCGCGCGGCGGUCCUCGAAACUGAAGCCUUCGUCUUCGACGCAUGCGUCUUCUCCGGCGGCCGCGGCGUCGUCGGAGAGUCACCGCGUGCAGGCGGCACAUCGAGAAGAGCGGGAGGCGUCGCCCCAGCCUUCGCCCGCCUCUGGCGCCGGCGAGGCCAGUGCGGGUUCGAGGAGAGAAGGCGCGAGAGAAGAGAGCGUGCAGGGGUCUCGAGGCGGAGACACCGGCGGGUGUGGAGACACGGCGCGGCGGGAGUCGAGCGCGAGCUCGUCGCUUCUGGAGCGCGAAGACGUGCACUCCCUCGUCCACUCUCACGUGGAGAAGAAAGGAUCUCAGCAGUCGCUCUCGGCGCCCUUCUCCCCGUCUUCCGCAUGCGGAUCAGCUGAGAAGGCGCGGUGCCCGAGAGAGGGCGACGGCGAACAAGACGGGGGCGAACAAAACGGAGACGAGAAAGGCGGCGAGGAAGACGCUGAGGUUCUCGCGCUGAUUCCUCGAGCUCGGCACACAUCGUCUUCGAAGCUGGAGAAAGGGGGCGCAGCUUCUCGCCUCUUCCUCCGCAGUUUUCGCCGUCGCUCUCACCAAUCGGUGACCUCGCAAGCUGCGCGCAGCUCCGAGGCGUCCGCCGUGCUGCUAGGCCGCGGGUCUGCUGCGAAGGAGGUGAAAAGAGCGAGCGACAGACCGGGCGAAGGAGACUCGACGGGAGAGAUGCGAAGCGACGGCAGCGCUGUCGCAGCUUUGGCCGCACCCCCCUCUUCUCUUCAAAGAGAAACAAGCGGACGGAGAGAAGGAACUCGCAGGGAUUCCGAGGCUGGCGAGCCCGGGACCCCGGCAAAGUGUCCAGGGAAAGCUGCGCCGCUGUCUGUGCUCUGGGAGGAGGCUGCCUCGAAUGCCCUCGAGUCCGACGACGACAGCCUCGGCGUCUUUUCCGACGACCCUUCUUUGUAUUUCAAGGGACACAUACACCCGAGACGGCAACUCUGUCUGUUGUCGAAUUCGCGUGAGGCUGCGUGUCUUCUUUCGACUUCACUGCGGAAGCCCGACCCUUCGCUGGUCUUCUCCAAGGCGGCUUUCCAGGAACCGGCGCGAGAAGACUGCAUGCAGGCCGCCGACGACCGCGGGAGUCGCCCGCUCCACGCACCUUGCUCCGCUGUCUCCAACGCGUUCUCGGCGGGGGAGCAGACACGGUGUGGGGCCGGAGGCGAGGCCGGCGCGCCCGUGGAGCCCAGAAGGAACACGCGCGGCUGGACGUUCCGAAAGGGGACAGCGCCUGACGGGGAGAAGCAGAGAGCGGCGAACGCGGGAGGCAGUGCGGAGACAACGCCCGAGUCUGCGAAAGACGGCGUCUCCACGGGCCUUCCUGUCCCGUCGUCCAGAGACGCGUCUCCGAUGCGACGGCCGAGUCCCGGGUCACAGAGGCGAGGAAACCAGGAGACAGGCGAGGAAGAACGGAAGGGCCCUCAGGGAAAAGGUGGAAGGGUACGCGUCGACGCGAAAGAGGAAAGUCGACGCCGGGGCCCAGAGGAAGGGGCGGAUGUAGAGGGACACCCGUGUGAUGUCGGGGACCACGAGGCGCAUCGGCCCGCCGUUGUCUCUCUCUCGUCUGCUCGCCCUAUCUCUCUUCGCAGCCUGGUAGCCUCGGAAGAUGCCAGCGAACAUCUUGAGGUUGCGAGAACUCUCAAAACGUGCGGCGCCUCUCCGGGCGCGGGGCCUCGUGGGCGGGUGGACGGCGUCCGAAUCCCUCGGCGACGGCGCGUCGCGUCGCGUCUUCCGCGUCUUCCGCGUCUCCCGCCGCGGGCGGAGGACUGGAGGGAAAGAGAGUCGCCAGUCGUCGGCCACGCGGGUGCCUCGCCUCCGUUUGACCAAGUCCUGCCGAGACCCUGUCUCUCUGACGGGGAGAGUCCGUUGUCGGGAGGGAAGACAGCGGGCGGCGGGUGGGUUUCCGCGUGUCCGCUCUCGAUCGCUCCCUUCCCUUCUCUUUCGCCGUCCACGCAAGGUCGCGGCCAGGCUGCACUACGAGGCGGACGGUACAAGCGCGACUCCGAGGCGAGGCAUACACCUGCACUGUGCGUGCCUGUCGGGAGUGCGCCGGAGUCUGCGUGCGUGGAUGAUUCGCCGCAAACAGGAAAUGCACUCAGUCUACGCCAGCGUUCAUCCUCCGGACGAGAGGGAGAAGACGCGCCUACGAGUCGGGUCCGGGAGGCUGUGAAAGCUUUUCACUUCGGGCCGCGGGCCGCUGGCGGCGAUGCGGAAGAGAGAGAGAACAGUGCCGGGAAGGACGAAAAGGAAAACGAAGAGCCACUGUCUGUUCUGCCUUCGGCUCUCGCCCCCAUGCAAUCUGGAGACAGAUGCCACAGCCCCACAGGCGUCCCGCUCUCGUCGUUUUGGGGGGGGACAGGGGCGGGGACGGCGAAGCUCUUUUACAGUCGGGCGCUGACGUUGGAGGAAAACGCGGAGUCUUUCCGCGAAGAGAAGGUCCAGAUGCCGACACACCACGCCUGCCUCAUCACGUCCGAGGAGACGAGUUAUGAAGAAGCUCUCGAGGUGUACCGAGUCCUCACACAGGAAAUGGGGGUGCGCUGGGUCAGCAUCGCCAAGGGCGGCUAUCGGGCCUGCCAUGAUGUGGCGGUGCGCGAGGGGCUGGAGUUGGUGGACCACAACCCUGCGGCGUGUCCGCUCUGCACAGAGUCGCCCAGCGCGGGAGAAACGAGUCAUCGAAGUCGCCGAGGCUCGUUGCUCAGUCGGCCGUCUUCUCCCGCUCUGGGCCCGAGUGGUCCGGUUCCCGCCUCAGCCCGCAUGCUCAAGACCACCCCCACGCCACCCCACAGUUCCGGGGGCCUUGCGGAUCGGAGUCAAAGCAUGUUGGCUAACCAGGUUCGGCCGUCUGAGAAGGCCUCUGGGGCGAAGCGCACAGGCUCUUCCUUCUCGUCUUUCCUCCCACUAAAGAGUCUGUCCACCUCUCCGCGUUCUGCCUCGCCCUCGCCGCACCACGUCCCGGACGCUGCGUGGUUCCCCUCCCUCGGAGGAAGAGACUCCGCCGGUCUCGCCUUCGGGGGCUGGGGCCCCGCGGGACUCCACAGUUCCCCACUCUCUGUGGGGUUCCUUUCGGACCUGCCUGUGGGGCUGUCGCCCGGCUCUGUCUCCGUUCGUGGGGCUGGGUUGAUGUCCGGCGACGACGAGCCGGGGAAGGGAGGCGCCUCGAGAGGAGGCCCCUUCGCGGGCGCGUCGCCGUUCUCGUCAGACGGGGUGUCUCCAAGUGGAGAAGACUCUGCUAUCUCUCCUUUCGGCGACCAGGCGACAGACUCGCACGCGCCUCGCGAGUUCCCCGCACUGCCGGAGAGACGCGCUGGAGCAGGCGCCUGCGGGCGAGACAGGGAGUCGAGACACCUGUCGGUCCCCACGUCCUCCAGCCAAGGCGGGGGCAUCCCUUUCAGCGGGAUCAUCGGGGCCUGGCGGCGGUUUUCUGCGACGGCACGCAGUCCCCGGAUCGGCAGUCUGGGCUCCGCGGGCGCGGGGGGCGAGGCCCGCGGCUCCGGGUCCCGAGGCGGCCGGACCGGCGGGCCACCUGUCACUCGGGAGACGAGGUCCCAGCAGCGCGGCUCCGAGGGAAAGGCCGAUGUCGAUCUCCAGUCUGUGGGGCUGCACGGGGCCUUUCCACAGCGAAGGAGAGACAGCCCUGGAGAGCCGGGCGAGGCGCUGGGGUUCGUCUGUCCCUACCACACUGAGGGGACACCUGUCUCCGCGUUUGCACCCGGUCAGGGUGUCUCCCUCGGCUACAGCUCCCACAGUUUCGCCCCUCCUGGCGCAGCGAUGUUGGCGCCUGUCUCUGCGGACAGCCCCGCUCCAGGGUACCCCCUGUCGCUCGUGCCGCUCGGCGACGUGUGUCUCCUCUUUCCGCCGUUCUGUCCCCACUGCCACGGCGCCUUGUCCGGGCCCGGCUCGUCUCGCGCCGCUUCGACAUCCUCUCGUUCUGGGUCGUCGCCAGGGGAACGCGGCACGGGGCUCCCCUGCGCUGCUGCCUGCGCGCCCUGUGGGGGCUACGCCGUCCCGCCGUCGGCCGGAGCGUGGCGCUGCUGCGCGAGUUGUGGGGCCGCAGUCUCGCCGUGUUGCGUUGAGCCUGCGCCGAGUCCACCGGCGGGCGUGGGGGCCUCGCGGCCCGCCAAGGAGGGACGCACGUCGGGCCCUCUGCGAGGCGAGCGGCAGGAAGGCGGAGCACGAGCCGAGAAGAAAGAAGGACCAGGAGACGCGCCGCCCGUGCACACCGGAGACAGAAACGAAGGCGGAGCUCGGCCUGUCGGGCCUGCCGCAGCGCCGGUAAGGAGCGGAACGCUCGCGCACAUUCCUACGCUCCCCGUCAGUCUCUAUCUGCUCAACUGGCGAGACUUGGUCACUUCCCAGUACACGGAGCAGCUGCGAUGUUUCCACUGUUUCAUCGAGGGUGUCUUUCAGCCCUCCGUGGAGCUCGUCCUGGAAUCUCGACGCCGCGCACUGCAGAGAAGGGUCGGAGACGAACUCGCCGGCCAGUUGGGCGAAAAAAGAGAGGAAGCAGAGAGCGCAGGGAGCCCCCUAUGCGAGGGCAAUGAACAGGGAGACGGGGACGGGUCCAGUUACAGGCAGGGAUCUGCGUCUGUCGAUGGCGAAGAACGGUACACCUUUUGCUCCAUCGCUCCUCGCGAAAACGCGUCUCCGAAAGAGAGGAAAACGCGGUCGUUGUCGGGGUCGCCUGCGGACGUGACCUCGCCGUCGAACCGCCGCGGCGGCUCCUUCGCCGCGGGGAUCUCCGGAGAAGCUCCGGGAUCGCCUGCGUCUCCGAAGAAAGGCCGACGCAGUUUUCUCGGCGUUUUCCAUGCCGCAUCGCCCGAAGCGACGUCCGCGUCGCCAGCUUCGGGGGGGAAGCGUUCGCAGUCCUCCGCGUCGGUAGCUUCGCUCCCGAGUCGCGGCCUUUCCGGCGGAGACGCCGCUGCGUCCGGAGUGCCGCUGCAGUCUCUCGCGUCUUCGGUUGCGGGGCAAUUCGUGGCCGCAGGCCUCGGCGAGGGGUACACCUAUCUCCGAGAGUGGCAAAUGAAUCGCCCUACGCCGGAGAGCUGCCGCAUUAUGAUCACGCCGGCGCGACUCCUCCUCGUGAGCGCGCCCGAGCCGAUGCUCGUGCGGCGCCGGCGCGUGGUUGGCUGCGACAGAACGUUCCGUGGAGAGCCGGCGCAGAAAGCCGAGCGGAAACCAGCGGCGAGAAGAGAGGCGAAAGCGGAAGCUGCGAGCGAAGCGGAAGGGGCGCCGAGCGAGGAAGAAGGGACGGAAGGCGGAGAACGUGAAGGGGGUGAGCAGGAGACGGGGCGUGCAGAAGAGACGCCGGCGUUUUUGGGACUUCUUGGCGGGGGAAACCGCGUGAUAGAAGGACGCGAUGUCGAGGAAUUCUGCGGACUUGUUCCGAGUCCGCCGCCUGGGCAGAGCCCGGCGCCUCGGGGCGAAGGAGACAGGGCCGGGGAAGGCGAGACAGAGAGGCGACUGGAGACUUCGGUGGGCGGGCAAGCGGCACUGAACCCAGUCGCGGAGACACGUGAGCGAAGAAAAAGCGAAGGGGAACAGGACGAAACGCACUUGGAGGAGGUCGUGCAGGUCUACGCGUCCUUCGAACUCUCAGAGAUUCUCAAGAUCACCAGCAAAAAAAACAACUCGAAGCUGCUCUGUUUCUACUUCAACGCCAAUAAGACACAACCUCUGAUGGUGCUGAGAUUCGAAAGCUCCCCUGCAGCUCAUGACUGCAUCGGACACGUGCGAGGCCUCUAUCGCCUUCUGAAGACCCACCGCUCCCACCAGACAUCGCAGCCGGCCUCUGCGAGUUCGAGAUGA